UAGACCCACGUCUCAACUUAUUAUCCAGCGCAUAACUUCUAAGCACCAUCUGCUAAGCUUAUAGAUUCACGUCCACACCAAGCAUCCAAAUCUCAGCUUCGGAUCUUGAGCAAAAUGUCCCUAUAUUUUUUCUUCUGUCGGAAAAUUAUAACUUUGAGCUAAGAAACCUUUUUUUCCCAAUAAAAAAGAACCCUAAUUUAUUAUUUUUUGUUUUUUUUUUGGAUUGGAUUGGAAAGAAACCAAUGAUUGAUCAAUAAAGAUCGCUUCUUCAUGAGCUCAAGAAUGGUAAUGUAGGCUUUGAUCCGACUGAAUCCGCCCCUUUAAGUUAAUUGAUUUUUGUGGCUGAAACGAUGGCGCAGAGUAAUUGGGAAGCAGAUAAGAUGCUUGAUGUCUAUAUUUAUGAUUAUUUGGUAAAGAAAAAAUUGCAUACCACUGCAAAGUCUUUCAUGACAGAAGGGAAAGUCGCCCCGGAUCCAGUAGCAAUUGAUGCUCCUGGUGGGUUUCUUUUUGAGUGGUGGUCUGUCUUUUGGGACAUUUUCAUAUCUAGAACAAAUGACAAGCAUUCAGAGGCUGCUGCAGCAUACAUAGAGGCACAGCAAAUCAAAGCAAAGGAGCAACAACAGCUGCAGAUGCAGCAGCUGCAGCUAAUGCGUCAAGCACAGUUGCAGCGUAGGGAUCCUAAUAAUCCAUCUAUGGUUGGUCCUGUAAAUGCUAUUGGUUCUGAAGGAAUGCUUGGACAAUCAAAUGCUAGUGCUUUGGCAGCAAAAAUGUAUGAAGAGCGCAUGAAACAACCAAAUGCAGUGACUUCAGAGACAUCCCAACCUCUUCUUGAUGCUAGGAUGGCCCUCUUAAAGUCAGCUACAAAUCAUCCCGGUCAGUUGGUUCAAGGAAACCAUGGAGGUGUAACUGCGGCAUUGCAGCAAAUUCAGGACAUUAAAGGUGAAGUGAACUUGGGUGGUACUCAGAGAUCUAUGCCCAUGGAUCCUUCCUCAAUUUAUGGACAGGGAAUCAUGCAAUUGAAACCUGGAAUAGGAAAUGCAGGUUUGAAUCCUGGAGUUGGUAGCCUUCCAUUGAAGGGCUGGCCAUUAACCGGAAUUGACCAAAUUAGGCCAAGUUUAGGUGCACAAGUGCAAAAGCCAUUCUUACAGAAUGCAAACCAGUUUCAGCUUCUGCCACAGCAGCAACAACAACUCUUAGCACAGGUCCAGACACAAGGAAAUCUGGGUAAUUCACCUCUAUAUGGAGAUAUGGAUCCUCAAAGAUUUUCUGGAUUAUCAAGAGGCGCCUUAAAUACGAAAGAGGGCCAGCCAACAGUGAAUGAUGGAUCUAUAGGGUCUCCCAUGCAAUCGACCUCAUCAAAACAGAUGAGCAUGCCACCAAUAAGACAAUCUUCUUCUCAACAAGAUCCAUUGCAGUCACCUCAAUUGCAACAAAAUAACCGUAAAAGAAAAGGACCAUCUUCUGGACCUGCUAAUAGCACUGGCACUGGAAACACACUGGGUCCUUCCCCAAACUCUCAGCCAUCAACCCCAUCAACUCAUACACCCGGUGAAGGAGCAGCUAUGGUGGGAAAUAUGCAGCAUGGCAGUAGCAUGUCAAAAAAUUUGAUGAUGUAUGGAUCUGAUGGAACAGCUGGUAUUGCAUCAUCAACCAACCAGCUGGAAGACAUGGAACAUUUUGGAGAUGUUGGCUCCUUGGAUGAUAAUGUGGAAUCUUUUCUCUCACAUGACGAUGGAGAUGGAGGGAAUUUGUUUGGCACCCUCAAACGGAACCCAUCAGAACACACUACUGAGACUUCUAAGAGUUUUGGCUUCAAUGAAGUUGGGUCAAUACGUAAAAGCAAUGGCAAAGUCACCUGCUGCCAUUUCUCUUCAGAUGGAAAGCUAUUAGCCAGUGCUGGGCAUGACAAGAAGGCUGUUCUUUGGAACAUGGAAACUCUGAAGACUGAUUGCACGACUGAGGAACACACUCAUAUUAUAACUGAUAUUUGCUUCAGACCAAAUUCCACUCAGCUAGCAACAUCUUCUUUUGAUACAACUGUCCGCAUUUGGGAUGCUGCACAACCAAGUUAUUCCAUCUGGAAAUAUACAGGGCAUACGGCACAAGUUAUGUCCCUUGAUUUCCACCCUAAGAAGAAUGAACUUUUCUGCUCUUGUGAUGGCAACAGUGAGAUUCGCUUCUGGAACAUCAAUCAGUAUUCCUGCACUCGUAUCUCCAAGGGAGGCAGCACUAAUGUCCGAUUUCAACCAAGAACAGGACAAUUCCUAGCUGCAGCAGCCGAUAAUGUUGUCUCUAUCUUUGAUGUAGAGACUGACAGAAGAACACAGUUAUUGCAGGGGCACAAUACAGAGGUACACUCUCUCUGUUGGGAUGCAAAUGGAGACUUUUUGGCUUCUGUCAGCCAAGAGUCUGUCCGACUGUGGUCAUUGUCCUCUGGAGAGUGCAUUAAUGAGCUUAGUUCCAGUGGAAACAAGUUUCAUUCCUGUGUUUUUCAUCCCAAUUUUCCUGCUCUUUUGGUUAUUGGUGGUUAUCAGUCGUUGGAGCUUUGGAACACGGCUGAGAACAAGUGUCUGACGAUUUCAGCUCAUGACUGUGUGAUAUCGGCCCUGGCACAGUCACAAGUAACAGGGAUGGUUGCCUCUGCCAGUUACGACAAAUCGGUUAAAAUCUGGAAAUAGUUGCAAUCACUUUUUUAAGGCAAAUCCAAUCCUCCAGUAACGAGUCUUACCAUUUUCUUUAAUUCUCAACAGCAUCGAUUUUGUGUUUCUGUUGAUCAUCAGUGGUGGCUUGCCGGCUUUGCAAGGUUGGUUUGUCAGGGUACUAUAUUUUACUAAAUUUAUUGAAUGACAGUUGAUAUUGUUUCAGGUUUUAGACGUUUUUGUAUGUUCAUUUAUUUAGCCAGUAGAGCGAGCUUACUAUCAAGAAAAUAAAUUACCCAAGGUGUGAGUUAAUUUAACAAAUAAAAUGAAAGAAUAUAUAUUUAUAUUUUAA